ACAUGAUUCACAACCACUGGCGGAGGCCGGGACCUUUUCACCUUCACUUUCCCUGACUCUGAUCCUUUUCGACCUUUUACCAUCACCCGUCUCUACCCCCUCACUCAUCCGCUGUCCCUCCGCCAGACUCAUCAGAUUGUCGGUGCCCCCGCCUCAGAGCAGAGUGUCCGCGUUUCGGUUGAAUGGCAUAUCGAGAGGAGCUGCAAGAUGGCUAUGCGAGCUAGACAGAAGAUCCGCGCCCCGCGCAGGGGUCCCACGGCUGGGAAGACGGACGAUUUCGAGAAAUACUGGGGCGAUCUGUCUACAUCCUUGAAGAAGAUCCACACGAAAGAUGCCUCCGACAUCUCCUUCGAGCUCUUGUACCGCAACGCCUACGGGAUCGUGCUGGCGAACCGUGGACCCGAUCUAUACGAGCGCACCAAGGCUUUGGAGAAAGAAUGGUUGGAUGGGGAAGUCAAAGCACAAGUCACCGCGGCGAUCACAUCCAGUCUGCUGCUGGCGAGGGAGCAGGUAGACGUGCAGGAUCAGGCCAACGAGCGACGAGAGGCCGGAGAAAGAUUCUUGGCUGCGAUAAAGGAGGCCUGGGAGGACCAUCAGCUUUGCAUGGGGAUGAUCACGGAUGUUCUCAUGUACAUGGACCGAGUAUUGGCAGAGCACCGCAAGCCCCCGAUCUACGUUGCAGCCAUGGCACUGUUCCGCGAUCAUGUCCUUCGGUCGACGAUCAGGUCUGAUUCCGAAACGACGGUUUAUAGUGUGCUUGAGUCGACUGUGCUUUUCAUGAUACAGCUGGAGAGGUCUGGGCACAUAAUCGACCGACCCUUGAUUCGGCAUUGCAUUUAUAUGCUCGAGGGUCUGUACGAGACUAUCACCGAGGAGGAAUCGACGAAACUUUAUUUGACCGUCUUUGAACCGGCGUUUUUGGAAGCGAGCAGGAAGUUCUACCAGGCUGAGGGACGGCGACUGCUGGAGACAGGAGACGCUGCGACGUUCUGCAACAUUGCGACGGAGCGUCUUCGGGAGGAGAUCGAGCGGUGUGCCGAUACCAUAUCGCCAUCAACGGAGUCGAAGAUCAAGGAUAUCCUGGACAAUGAACUAAUCAGGAACAACCUCAAGGAAGUGAUCAGUCUCGAAGGCACUGGUGUCAAGAACAUGCUCGACAAUGAUCGGAUCGACGUUUUACAAAGCCUUUAUGUCCUCAGCGCGCGGGUGGACGAUAAAAAAGCUCCAUUGACUGCUGCUGUUCAAAAGCGUAUCGUCGAGAUGGGCAAGGAGAUCAACGCCUCGGCGAUUGCGGCGGCGCAAGCCUCAACACUCGGUGUGGGCAAGAAGCCAGAACCCGGCGAGAAAAAGCCUGCUGAAAAAGAAAAGCCCGUGAACCAGCAGACGGUGGCCGCUAUCAAAUGGGUAGAUGACAUCCUGGCCCUGAAGCAGAAAUUCGACAACAUUUGGAUGAAAGCGUUCAAGUCCGAUCAGGUCAUGCAAGGUGCCAUCUCCAGUUCCUUUGCGGAAUUCAUCAACCUGGGCCAGGGUAGUUCGGACUCGCGCAGCUCCGAGUACCUUUCCCUGUUCUUUGACGAGAACUUGAAGAAGGGCAUCAAGGGCAAGACGGAUAUCGAGGUCGAUGCUCUUCUGGAGAACGGGAUCACUCUGCUACGUUACGUGAAGGAUAAGGAUAUGUUUGAGGCCUAUUACAAGAAACAUCUGUCUCGGCGUCUUCUGAUGAAGCGCUCCGUGAGCAUGGAUGCGGAGCGGCAAAUGAUCUCAAAGAUGAAGAUGGAGGUUGGCAACCAGUUCACUCAACGCCUGGAAGCCAUGUUCAAGGAUAUGACGAUCAGCGAGGACCUCACCUCCAGCUACAAGCAACACGUUCGACAGGCAAGCGACCCAGACCAGAAGAAGGUUGAAUUGGACAUCAACGUGCUCACGAGCACGAUGUGGCCGAUGGAAAUCAUGUCUAAUGUGAAGAGCGACAAAGUUCAGCUGGCCUGUAUUUUCCCGAAGGAGAUCGAGAGCGUCAAACAAAGCUUCGAGCAGUUCUAUCUCGGCAAGCACAACGGCCGAAAACUGUCGUGGCAAGCCAGCAUGGGCACCGCGGACAUCCGCGCGACGUUUCAACGAUCCAACGGCAAGACACAACGGCAUGAACUCAACGUCUCCACAUACGCUAUGAUGAUAUUGAUGCUAUUCAACGACGUCCCCGCCGGCGAAUCCCUCACCUACACAGACAUCCAGGCGCAGACUCGCAUCCCAGACCACGACCUGGGGCGAAACCUGCUGUCACUCGCCGUGGCGCCCAAGACCCGAGUCCUGAAGAAAGACCCGAUGAGCAAGGACGUCAACCCUACGGACAGAUUCUUCUUCAACCACGAUUUCCAGAGCCCGUUCAUGAAGGUCCGCAUCGGCGUCGUGAGCGGCAGCGCCAACAAGGUCGAGAACCAGGAUCAGCGGAAGGAGACGGAGAAGAAGAUGAGCGAGGAGCGCGGCGCCAGCAUCGAGGCCGCCAUCGUCCGAAUCAUGAAACAACGCAAGACCCUCAUCCACUCCCAGCUCAUGACCGAGGUGCUCACCCAGCUCUCCGCACGCUUCACCCCAGACGUGAACAUGAUCAAGAAGCGCAUCGAGAGUCUCAUCGACCGCGAGUAUCUCGAGCGUGUGGAAGAGGACCCUCCCACGUACGGAUACGUCGCCUAGUUUAUCUUUUCUUCUUUUUUUUUUUUUCUCUCAUCUAAGAGACAAUCUCGGGAAGUGCGAUGCUUCUCUCUUUGCUUCUUGUUCAUACGUUUCCGUUUGUUUCUCAUUGUGGGCGUUGUUCUCAGCCUAACGGGAGAACAUGAAUCUUGGACUUAGCGGCGACGGCGCUCGGCGGAUGUUUUCAACAGCCAUAGAUCUAUUUAUUGAGCUAUUCCUUCCUUCUGUCCUCCCUUCUUCCUUGAGGCUUGCGGAGGUUUGUGUCUGGCUUGCUAUGGGGAUAUGGGAUUCUGAUGAUGACUGAUCAUGAUGAUGCAUUUCAGGAUGAGAAUGGAUGAUUUUUCUAUCUUCAACUGCCUUUUGCCUAGCCUUUACCUACCUCCUUACUACUUACCUACCUACCUACCUCCUACCUACCCAAACCCCUACCUAUGUCUUACCCCCUCCUACCUCGCUCCUACUCAUACAAACCAAGUCUAAU